GGUGCUCGGCCGUCCCCGCGCCACCCCCGCCGGGGAACGAGUGGGGCGCUCUUUUUGAGCGCGAGGAGGAGAAUGAGUGAUUGCUUAGUCUCUCCCUUGUGUUAUGUAAUCCCCGCUCGGUCGUAUAGUACACCCGAAGCCUUAGUGCACCGCGGUUUACAGUCUCCUCCCCCGGCUCUAAAAUUUUGGGGUGGCGCCGUGAUUUAUAAAAUGGGAUGUGGCGGAAAAAGCUUUAUUUUCGUAUGGUUAUAUCCUGCCGCGGUGGGCGCCAUGUUUAUCCCAGGGACUAUUUUCUCUAGAUUCUUAGCACCUUCUGAAAAGGAGUGAUGUUGAUCCACCUGCUUUCUCUCCAUUCUGCGAGUUUUCCUGAUUUCCUCUUCUGUCAGACGCGGGAUUCUCUCAAAUUGUUAAUAAUACUGGACGUUUCUCUCAUUGUCUUGGAUAUUUUCAGCUCAGAAAAAGGUAGAGCUGGAAAGAAAACUUCCGGAGAAUUCAGAAAUGUUGGAGUUAAUAAUGGAAGAGGCAAUGACUUGGGGAAGAAUUCCAGAGCAAAAAAAGCUUAGUAAAUGUCCCAGCCAGGAUUCAAACCAGCUGUAACCUAGGCAUGGCGGACACCGACCUCUUUAUGGAAUGUGAGGAGGAGGAGUUGGAGCCAUGGCAGAAAAUCAGUGAUGUCAUUGAGGAUUCUGUAGUUGAGGAUUAUAAUUCAGUGGAUAAAACUACUACAGUUUCUGUGAGCCAGCAGCCUGUCUCGGCUCCAGUGCCCAUCGCUGCCCAUGCUUCUGUUGCUGGGCACCUCUCUACAUCCACCACCGUUAGUAGCAGCGGGGCACAGAACAGCGACAGUACAAAGAAGACUCUUGUCACACUAAUUGCCAACAACAAUGCUGGCAAUUCUUUGGUCCAACAAGGUGGACAGCCGCUCAUCCUAACCCAGAAUCCAACCUCAGGUCUGGGUACAAUGGUUACUCAACCAGUAUUGAGGCCUGUCCAGGUCAUGCAGAAUGCCAAUCAUGUGACUAGUUCCCCUGUGGCCUCACAACCAAUAUUCAUCACUACACAGGGAUUUCCUGUAAGAAAUGUCCGGCCUGUACAAAAUGCAAUGAAUCAGGUUGGGAUUGUGCUGAACGUACAGCAAGGCCAAACAGUUAGACCAAUUACACUAGUCCCAGCCCCAGGUACCCAGUUUGUUAAGCCGACAGUUGGAGUCCCACAAGUGUUCUCUCAGAUGACCCCUGUGAGGCCAGGCUCCACAAUGCCUGUGCGGCCCACCACCAACACCUUCACCACCGUCAUCCCAGCCACUCUCACCAUUCGAAGCACCGUCCCACAGUCCCAAUCCCAGCAGACCAAGUCCACUCCCAGCACUUCUACCACUCCCACUGCCACACAGCCGACCUCAUUGGGGCACCUUGCUGUUCAACCUCCAGGCCAAUCCAACCAGACUCAGAAUCCCAAACUAGCUCCCUCCUUCCCCUCUCCACCUGCAGUGAGCAUUGCCAGCUUUGUCACUGUGAAGCGACCUGGGGUUACAGGUGAAAAUAGCAAUGAAGUGGCCAAACUGGUGAAUACCCUUAACACCAUCCCUUCCCUGGGCCAGAGUCCUGGGCCAAUGGUGGUAUCCAACAACAGCUCUGCGCAUGGCUCUCAGAGAACCAGCGGGCCUGAGUCUUCAAUGAAAGUGACCUCUUCCAUCCCAGUGUUUGACCUCCAGGAUGGUGGACGGAAGAUAUGUCCACGGUGUAAUGCUCAAUUCCGUGUUACUGAAGCUUUGAGAGGUCACAUGUGUUACUGUUGCCCAGAAAUGGUUGAAUACCAGAAGAAAGGAAAGUCUCUGGAUUCAGAACCCAGUGUCCCAUCAGCAGCAAAGCCCCCAUCCCCUGAGAAAACAACUCCUGUUGCUUCCACUCCCUCUUCUACACCUAUUCCUGCUCUGUCACCACCUACCAAAGUACCAGAGCCAAAUGAGAAUGUGGGUGAUGGCGUCCAGACCAAGCUCAUUAUGCUAGUAGAUGACUUCUACUAUGGACGGGAUGGUGGCAAAGUAGCCCAGCUCACAAACUUCCCUAAGGUCGCCACAUCUUUCCGAUGCCCACAUUGUACCAAAAGGCUAAAAAACAACAUUCGAUUUAUGAACCAUAUGAAACAUCACGUAGAACUUGAUCAGCAGAACGGUGAGGUGGAUGGUCAUACUAUCUGCCAGCACUGUUAUCGUCAGUUUUCCACUCCCUUCCAGCUCCAGUGCCACUUGGAAAAUGUUCAUAGUCCCUAUGAAUCAACUACCAAGUGCAAGAUCUGUGAGUGGGCGUUUGAGAGUGAGCCACUGUUUCUCCAGCAUAUGAAGGAUACUCAUAAGCCUGGAGAGAUGCCUUAUGUUUGCCAGGUGUGUCAGUAUCGCUCCUCACUCUACUCUGAGGUAGAUGUCCAUUUUCGGAUGAUCCAUGAGGAUACUCGGCACCUGCUCUGCCCUUAUUGCUUGAAGGUCUUCAAAAAUGGCAAUGCAUUCCAACAGCAUUACAUGAGGCACCAGAAGAGGAAUGUUUAUCAUUGCAACAAAUGCCGGCUGCAGUUUCUCUUUGCCAAGGACAAAAUUGAACACAAGCUUCAGCACCAUAAAACCUUCCGUAAACCCAAGCAGCUGGAAGGUUUGAAACCAGGCACCAAGGUGACAAUCCGGGCUUCCCGAGGGCAGCCACGCACUGUUCCUGUACCCUCCAGUGAUGUCCCUCCCAGCACCUUGCAGGAGGCAGCACCACUGGCCUCCUCAGCGGACCCUCUGCCCGUCUUCCUUUAUCCCCCUGUCCAGCGCAACGUCCAGAAGAGAGCUGUUAGGAAAAUGAGUGUCAUGGGCCGGCAGACAUGUCUGGAGUGCAGCUUUGAGAUCCCAGAUUUCCCUAACCAUUUCCCUACUUAUGUUCACUGCUCUCUAUGUCGCUAUAGUACCUGCUGUUCUCGAGCUUAUGCCAACCACAUGAUCAACAAUCAUGUUCCACGGAAGAGCCCCAAGUAUUUGGCUUUGUUUAAAAAUUCUGUGAGUGGAAUCAAGCUGGCCUGCACUUCAUGUACCUUUGUUACUUCUGUUGGAGAUGCCAUGGCUAAGCAUUUGGUAUUCAACCCCUCUCACAGAUCCAGUAGCAUCCUGCCACGGGGACUCACUUGGAUAUCUCACUCAAGGCAUGGCCAGACUCGUGACCGAGUGCACGACCGGAACUUGAAGAAUUUGUACCCUCCUCCUUCCUUCCCCUCUAUUAAAGCUGCCACUGUGAAAUCUGCGGGGGCCACCCCAGCUGAGCCUGAAGAGCUACCAGCUCCCAUGGCCCAGGCACUCCCGUCACCAGCCUCAACUGCAACCCCACCACCAACCCCCACUCAUCCCCAGCCUUUAGCCCUUCCACCCUUGGCUACGGAGGGGGCGGAAUGUCUGAAUGUCGAUGACCAGGAUGAAGGGAGCCCAGUCACCCAGGAGCCUGAGCCAGCAUCAGGGGGUGGUAGUAGCAGUGUGAUUGGCAAGAAGGAGCAGCUUUCUGUGAAGAAGCUUCGAGUGGUACUGUUUGCCCUGUGCUGCAAUACGGAACAGGCAGCUGAACACUUCCGAAACCCCCAACGACGCAUCCGGCGUUGGCUUCGGCGCUUCCAGGCCUCACAGGGGGAGAAUCUGGAGGGCAAAUAUCUGAGCUUAGAGGCAGAAGAGAAACUGGCUGAGUGGGUGCUGACCCAACGUGAGCAACAGCUACCUGUAAAUGAGGAGACCUUGUUCCAGAAGGCCACCAAAAUAGGACGUUCUUUGGAGGGGGGGUUUAAGAUCUCUUAUGAGUGGGCUGUGCGUUUCAUGCUACGUCACCACCUGACUCCCCACGCUCGGCGAGCUGUGGCCCACACUCUACCUAAGGAUGUGGCAGAGAAUGCAGGACUCUUCAUUGAAUUUGUACAACGGCAGAUUCACAACCAGGACUUACCCUUGUCUAUGAUUGUGGCUAUUGAUGAGAUCUCCUUGUUCCUGGAUACGGAGGUACUGAGCAGUGACGACCGAAAGGAAAAUGCCCUGCAGACAGUGGGCACAGGGGAGCCUUGGUGUGAUGUGGUGCUGGCCAUUCUGGCAGAUGGCACUGUCCUCCCUACCCUGGUUUUCUACCGAGGACAGAUGGAUCAGCCUGCUAAUGUGCCAGACUCUAUCUUGCUAGAGGCGAAGGAGAGUGGCUACAGUGACGAUGAGAUCAUGGAGCUGUGGUCAACCCGAGUGUGGCAGAAGCACACAGCUUGCCAGCACAGCAAAGGCAUGCUUGUGAUGGACUGUCAUCGCACUCACCUGUCAGAAGAGGUGCUGGCCAUGCUUAGUGCCUCUAGCACUUUGCCUGCAGUUGUCCCAGCAGGCUGUAGCUCCAAAAUCCAGCCAUUAGAUGUAUGCAUCAAACGAACUGUCAAGAACUUCCUGCACAAAAAGUGGAAGGAGCAGGCUCGGGAAAUGGCAGAUAGUGCUUGUGAUUCUGAUGUCCUGCUUCAGCUGCUUCUGGUCUGGCUGGCUGAGGUGCUUGGUGUCAUUGGGGACUGUCCAGAGCUAGUUCAGCGGUCCUUCCUUGUGGCCAGCGUUCUGCCUGGCCCUGAUGGCAACAUUAACUCACCUACAAGAAAUGCUGACAUGCAGGAGGAGCUAAUUGCCUCCCUAGAGGAGCAACUGAAGCUGAGUGGGGAACAGUCUGAGGAGGCCUCAGCUUCCACUCCCCGACCCAGGUCAUCUCCUGAAGAGACAGUUGAGCCUGAAAGCCUUCACCAGCUCUUUGAGGGUGAAAGUGAGACCGAGUCCUUCUAUGGCUUUGAAGAAGCUGACCUAGAUCUGAUGGAGAUUUAAGUGUUGGGGUCAUGAGGGGGUGUGGAGUGGGGGUGGGAAAGUGUUAGGGAGGGUAGAGGUAAAGGGGGGUAUACCAGGUGGGGGUAUUUGGGUUAUAUUUUUUAAUUUUAUGCCACCACUCCCCCCUGAUGUUGACUUAUACAUCCUUGUGGAUUUGUGGAUUAUUAGGAAAACCGAUAGUGAUCACGUCUGAGCCGAUGAGCUGGUCCUGGCCCUGUUGGUCAUUCACUUCUGCUAAAAACAGGUUUUUGUGACUUUUUUUUAAAUUUAAAUCACUGUGCUUGGUAUUUUUCUGACAAAAUCAAGAAAAAGGAAAAAAAAAAUCUUUCGUGGGCGAAUGUUAAAUCUUUUGUUUCCCCUUUUACCUCAACUGUAUCAUAGUACAUCUGGGUUUUGUUUGUUUUACUGUGUGGCCAGUGUCUUUGGGCAUGAUGCUAUCCAACCAUUGUCAAUGUGAGAACAUUUCUGAAGAUGGGAAAGACAAAAAUUGUAGCUCACAAACUGGUUUAUUAUAUAUAUAUAUGGAUAAAAAAGUUUUUUCAUUGUGGUCUUAACACUUUUAUAUAAAAAUGAAAAUGGAAAAAAAAUCCCACUGAACUCUCUCUUCCUUCUCCUUUCUUUCCUUCCCUCUCCAGAGAUGUUGGUUUCUACAGCAACUCUAAAUAUAAAAUUGUGGCUUUAAAAAUGCAUGAAACCACCUUUAAUCGUCCAGAAUGAUGAGUAGAUUUUUUCCCUCACCACCCUCCCUCCGACAAAAACACAACAAAACCAAUAUUCUUUGCACCUGUGAUCCUUGGCCCCCUUCCCCAUUCUCACACCGUCACUCUGGACAAAGGAUCAUACAUGGGUCAUUAGCAAGCAAGAGGUACUGAGGUGAUCACACAGAACCUUAGGGUGGAAGCCAUUCCCAGUGUAUGGGUCUUCAUCCUGCAAUCCAUGGGGGCAGUCCCUGCUUUGUUGAACUUCCUCCUGUUAAGUGGACAGCAUACCUGUUCAAGGGAUCACAUGUCCGCCAGCCAGCAGCUAAUUGUGCAAGAAGUUGUAUUGAACUUUAAAAAGACCACUUGUUGAAAUUCUGCUUACCCUGUGGCUUUCCCCUAUUUCUUUUAAUGCUUAGAGAAGAAUCUGACAUGAAGAAACACAUAGGGGUGUGCACAAAGAAAAAGACAUGAAUCUUUAUUUUUCACUGCCAGCUUCAAGGAAAGAAAAUUUUUUCUACAAUUUGCAUGAGGGAUUUUUUUUUUAAUUGUAUGUACUCAAUGGCUAUAAACUGAAACGUACUGUAACACACAGAGAAAAGGAGCAAAAAUCCAGGUCCACCUUUCCCACAACUAUACUAUACUUCUGUCCAUCCUGAGGCUUUCUGCAACGUUUCCCUCCUGUGAGCCGAGGAGGCAACCUGCACAGGCUUGUAAAUGGUUCAUCUUUAAAAUGUACAUAAGUGGAACAUUUAAAAAAAAUGAGGGGAAAUGGAUUUAUAAACAAUGUGGUUUUUUUCUAGGUUACCCUAUUUGAGCAGGCUUUCACAGACUGGGAGAUGCUCAAGAUGUGAUGGGCCUGGUGGUACAGGUGUGACAUUUGUUACCACCUGUUUCUCCUCAUCCGUUUUUUUUUUGUGUUUUUUAACUCCCAGCACACUAUAAUAUAGUGAACUGGAGUAGUCCCCUCCAUAAACAGCUUGGCCAGCUUUGUGAACCCAUGGCAUCUGAAAACUGAACUGAGGAUCCACCUGGGCUUCUCUUCCCCAGCUUUUUGCCUGAUGCCAUUUUGACAGAAUAUGGACUUUUGAGUCAAAACUUUGCCUUUCAGAAAGUUCAAGAACUAUGGUCAACGCUAUCUGCAGUGACUUAAUCCUUCUCUUUGGUAGUCUCCGCAGCAGCCCCAGAUUUAGCAGAGCUGGGUUCCUGGCCUCUGCACACUGUAUGACUUUCUCAAUGGGUAAUUUUUUUAAGGCCAUAAUACCAACAGUGGAUCAGCUGGGUUUUGGCCAGGAAGUUACCUUUGUGGAUUCUGCCCGCAUGGCUUCGUAGUAUAGGAAGUUUUUUUUGUUUUGUUUUUUAUAAUUCAGUUUAAUCAAUAAACAAGUAUUUAUUGACUA